UGCAAUAAGUGAAACGCUGCUCCAAAUGCGAAUUAUGCGACUGGUCGCGCCGGAGAACAUGGCCGUCGCGACGGCCGCCGCCGCCGCAUCCAGCAGCCACCGUUCCGUCCACCACGCGCACCUCGCGGCGCUGCUCAACUCCUCCCCGCGCUCGCCGCCGCUCCCUCUCCCGCUCCACCGACGCCACCUCCCGCUGUCCCUGCCCGCGGCAGGCCGCCUCGCCGCCGCCGUCCCCCCGCUCCCGCUCCUCCUCUCCCUCCUCGCCGCCCUCCGCCUCCUCCCCUCCACUCCGCCGCGCCCCUUCGACGCGCUCAUCAGGUCCUACGCCUCCCUCCCCCGCCCCUCCCUCGCCGCCGCGGCGCUCGCGUUCGCCAGGUCGGCCGGGUACGCCCCCACCGUCCCGGCCUACAAUGCCGUCCUCCUCGCGCUCUCGGACGCCUCGCUCCCCUCCGCUCGCCGCUUCUUCUCCUCCAUGCUCCGCGACGGCGUGGCGCCCAACGUGUACACGUACAACAUCCUCGUCCGCGCGCUCUGUGCCCGCGGCCGCCUGGAGGAGGCGUCCGGCGUCGUGGGCGACAUGCGUGGCUCGGGCUGCGCUCCCAACGCCGUCACCUACAACACGCUCGUCAAGGCGUUCUGCAGGGCCGGGGAGGUGGACGGCGCGGAGAGGCUCAUCAACUCGAUGAGGGAGGGGAAUGUGAAGCCGAAUUUGGUGACCUUCAACUUGAUGGUGAAUGGGCUAUGCAAAGCGGGGAGGAUGGAGGGUGCACGGAAGGUGUUCGAUGAAAUGGUGAGAGAGGGGUUGGCGCCGGAUGUGGUCAGCUACAACACCUUGUUAGGUGGUUACUGCAAGGUGGGUUGCUUGCAUGAGGCACUGGCAGUCUUUUCAGAGAUGACACAAAGAGGGCUUGUGCCGGAUGUCGUGACAUUUACGUCGCUAAUCCAUGCAACUUGUAAGUCUGGGAACUUGGAGCGAGCAGUGGCUCUGGUGGCGCAGAUGAGGGAGAGGGGCCUUCGGAUGAAUGAGGUUGCUUACACAGCACUGAUUGAUGGAUUCUGCAAGGAAGGGUUCUUGGAUGAUGCAUUGCUUGCAGUGGAGGAGAUGAGGAAAUGCAGGAUCCAGCCUUCAGUGGUGUGCUACAAUGCACUUAUUAAUGGGUACUGCAAGUUAGGAAGAAUGGAUGUAGCGAGAGAGCUAGUCUCAGAAAUGGAGGCUAAAGGAGUGAAGCCUGAUGUUGUGACAUAUAGUACAGUUCUCAGUGGAUACUGUAAGGUGGGUGAUUUGGAUUCUGCAUUCCAAAUGAAUCAACAAAUGCUCAAAAGGGAUGUGCUUCCGGAUGCAAUCACCUAUUCAUCACUCAUAAGGGGUCUUUGUGAAGAAAAAAGGCUCAAUGAUGCUUGUGAACUAUUUGAGAAGAUGCUUCGACUUGGUCUACAACCUGAUGAAUUUACUUAUACAACGGUCAUUGAUGGCCAAUGCAAGGAGGGGAAUGUUGAGAAGGCUCUUUCUCUGCAUGAUGAGAUGAUAAGGAAAGGAAUUCUCCCUGAUGUUGUGACUUACAGCGUACUCAUAAACGGGCUUAGCAAAUCAGCACGCACAAAGGAAGCACACCGGUUACUCUUUAAACUGUAUCAUGAAGAUCCUGUUCCACACAACAUUAAGUACGACGCUCUUAUGCUUUGUUGCCGCAAAGCUGAGUUUAAGAGUGUGGUGGCCCUCCUGAAGGGAUUUUGUAUGAAAGGCUUGAUGAAUGAAGCUGAUAAAGUAUACCAGUCGAUGUUGGACAGAAACUGGGAGCUCGAUGGGUCUGUGUACAGUGUACUUAUUCAUGGGCAUUGCAGGGGAGGAAAUGUUACGAAGGCUCUCAGUUUUCAUAAACAAAUGUUGCGGAGUGGUUUUGUCCCAAAUUCAACUAGCACCAUUUCAUUGGUUAGGGGUUUAUUUGAAGAGGGGAUGGUUGUGGAAGCAGAUAAUGUGAUUGAGGAGUUACUAACUUGUUGUCCGCUAGCGGAUGCAGAAACAUCAAAGGCUCUUAUAGACCUCAAUCGGAAGGAAGGCAAUGUGGACGCUGUGGUUGAUGUUCUCUGUGGUAUGGCAAGGGAUGGACUACUUCCAACAUCAGGGUGAAAUCUGGUGUUCAGAAUCCUCCCUCUCUCUGCGGAAUACUGGAAUUACAUGAUGAGAUAUCAGAGAUGUCACUUUGGAGUUUGGAGCACUUAUUUUUCCAUUCGUCGCUGAGCAAAUCAGCAAAGUUGAACUGUGCUCUGUGGAAGUACAAGACUUGCAUUGAAUCAUGACGAUGCACCAUGGAAGGGUUCAAAAGGAUUUGACUGUACUGUCAGAUUACCCCAUUUUCAUGCACUGAUCAGUGUUUGCUUUUCUGCAGAUUGAAGAUUAAAGUGCUUGAAGUAUCAUGCAUACACACCCACAGGAAGGCACUCGAGAAAAAAAAAAACGAACACUGCGACAGGGAUAGUGAAAACUGUCGGCUUCAUGAGCCAAAGAACUCUCAACUCUGCAUGGUUCCCCGGUCACAACCAACACUGUCACCUGGGGCUGGGGAGAUGGUUUUGCAAGGGCUGUGCCUACCAAAACCAUUUUGUGCAAUUCUGGGGGUUUGGAUACAUCGUUUCUGACUGCUGAGAGAGAAACCAAUAUGCCAUGAAGCGUGUAAUAACUCGUAUCCUUGGCAUAUGUAUGGAAGAAGCACAAUUUUGGCAUAUGUAUGGAAGAAGGUACAUGGAUGUACCAAAAGUUUCUAAUGUUAAUCUUGAUACUAGGUACCAUGUAUUCGAAGAUACCGAAAUUUUAAAUGUAAAUUAUGAUGGUGAAAUUAUCUA